AUGAGCGGCGCCAGCCGCCGCGCCAGCCUCCUCCUCGCGUCCCUCCCGCUCUCCGCUGGUCUCUGGGCGCAGCGGCCCGUGAGGCCUCGCGGCGAGCCUCGCGGCCGCACACCGCGUGCGGAGCACGCGGCAGAGGCGGAGGACGUCGUUCGCUGCGUGCGCGGGAGCGUCGACGUCGAAGGCGUGAGCAUCCCAGUCGCGGUGUGGUGCCAGGAUUCGAGGCGGCCGACCGGCGGUGGCGGCGCGUGGGUGCCGACGGAGGAGUACGGCUACACGGUUGACAUUGGCCGGAUCGCCUCCAAGCUCCGCGUCGGUUGGCUAUCUUGGCUGCCGUCGAGGACCUACUCGCUCGCUCCGGCGGGAGUGCCUCCCUGGCGCGGCGCGGCUUGCGCGUCCCAGGCGCGCGCCGGCGACGCGCUCCUCUUCGCGCACGGCUUUCUCGGCUCGCCGUUCGACAUGGCGCACGCUUGCGAGGCGCUGGCGAGCGACGGGUUUGUCGUCGCGGCGCCGGAGCUGCCCGAGUCGCUCGCCGCGUCGUACGAGGCGCGGGAGGGCGUGACGCGCGAGGCCAUCGUCGCCGCGACGCAGGCGGCUCUAGGCGACGAGCCGCGGCGCUGGGGCAUUUGGGGCCACUCGGCGGGGAGCGGCACGGCGCUCUCCCAGCCGGGCGAGUUCGCACUCGGCCGCGCGUGUCUCGCGUGCCCUCUCGGCCGCGCGCUCGAGGCGCGCGUCAGCGAUCCGCUCUUCCUCUGCGCGUCGGAGGGCGACGGCUGCAACCGCUUCUCGGAGACGUCGCCCGCGGACUCGCUCACCCUGGCGGCCGUGAACAAGGCGCCGCCCUUCUCGACCUUUGAGAGCGCCGACCUGGCCUACGCUGGCCCGAGCCUGCCCCGCCGCGGCGUCCUCCUCUUUCGCGAGGGCGACGCCCUGCUGCCCAACCACAUCAGCUUCCUCUGGACGCGCACCAACGAGGCGCUCUUCGACCUGCUCUCCGCCUUCCUGCCGCUCGCAAAGGCGCUCAACCUCUUCCUGCUCGACUUUGACACGGAGAAGGAGGCGCGACUCGCCGCGCCCACCGCCGCGAAGGUCGUGCCGGCCCUGCGCCGCUUCUUUGGCAGGAAUGCGUUCAGCUCCUACGGCGUCUCCGCUGCCAUGUACAACCUGGACGUGGCGUCCCAGCAGACCGCGACACUACCCUCGCUCCCGCUGCGCAUUCCUGCCGCCCUCGCCCCCGACCCGGACGGCGUCGCGCGCUCCAGCUUGAUAGCGAGGCUUCCAGCGAACAGCGCGGCGCCUCCGCCAGUGAGUGAUCCAGCGCAAUCGUCGCCCGCCGUGAUCGCGGCGCAAGAGCGCCACGCGAGCUGCACGCCCGCGCACAAUUCGCUCGGCCUCCCUCUCGAGGAGAGGCUGCCUCCUCCGCCGCUGCUCGGCGCUGAGAGGCUGGUGGCGGUGCGGCUGCGCGUCGACGGCGCCGCCCUCUCGCCGCCCCACCCGGAGGCUGUGUUUGAGGACGAGCUGCUCUGGAAUGCCGCCGGCCCCGCGCGCGCGGCGGAGGAGCUGUCGCUGCCUCCACCUUUCGCGGCCGCCAUCGCCACUGAACUCACCGCCCAGGCGGCGCGCGCCGCCGCAAAGGCUGCCGCCGCGGAUGCCUCCCCGGUCGAGGUGAGCUGGCAGGCGCACAGGCGCGGGCUCGAGCUGAGCGACCGGCUGCUGGAGACGCAGGGCCUCCUCCGACCUGCCGCCGGCCUGUCCGAGCCGCUAGUGCCGCUUCACGCGCCCUCGGUCCGGCCGGAGAGGGAGGCGCUGCUGUGGAGCGUCGCGCUGCAGCCCGCCGGCACCAAGCGAGGCGUGAGCGAGGCGGACUUGUCUGCGGCCGACCGGCGCGACCGCUACCGAAAGCGGCAGUGA